CCUCUCUCUUCUCGACUCUCUAAAUGAUUACACUCCAAUUGCCCAUGCCUUCCAUCCAAUAACCUAAAGACCAUCAUGUCCUCCAAAUCGCGCUGGGCCAACGACGAUGACCCGGAGACGGAAGCCAUCCUCGCCCAACGCAAACGCGAAAAGGAAGAGAAGCGACGCGCUAAAGCCGAGAAACAACGCCAACUGGAAGAGCAGCAGAAACAGAAGCAGCAGCAGCAGCAGCAGCAACAACAACAACAACAAGCUGACUCUCAAGCUCAAUCACAAGCUCCCAUCCCCGCCGACACAGAUGCGCCGCCACCCUCCAAGCGUCGCCGCCUCUCCAACGACCACGACCAAGCCGAACAAUCACCGCAACCCUCCAAAUCGACCUCCAACAACAGCAGCACCACCGAAGGGAACAACCUCCUGACCCUUCCAACCUCAGAAUGGGGCCCCUGCCGCCAUGUCGACAACUUCGAGCGUCUCAAUCACAUCGAAGAAGGUAGCUACGGCUUCGUCAGUCGCGCCAAGGACAUCACGACCGGAGAAAUCGUUGCGCUCAAGAAACUCAAGCUGGAACCCACCUCCCCGGAAGGAUUUCCCGUAACUGGGUUGCGAGAGAUCCAGACCUUAUUUGAAGCGCGACAUCAGAACAUCAUCGAACUACGCGAAGUGGUAAUGGGGACCAAGAUGGACGAAGUCUACCUAGUAAUGCCCUUCCUCGAACACGACCUCAAGACCCUCCUGGACGAGAUGCGCGAACCCUUUCUCCCCUCCGAGACCAAAACCCUCCUCCUACAAAUCAUCUCCGGCCUCGACUUCCUGCACGGCCAAUGGAUCAUGCACCGCGAUCUCAAGACCUCUAAUCUCCUGAUGAACAACCGCGGUGAGAUCAAGAUCGCCGACUUCGGCAUGGCGCGCUACUUCGGCGACCCGCCGCCCCCGAAGCUGACGCAGCUGGUCGUCACGCUCUGGUACCGCUCGCCGGAGCUGCUGCUGGGCGCCGACAAGUACGGCCCGGAGAUUGACAUGUGGAGUAUCGGGUGUAUCUUCGGGGAGCUGCUGGGCAAGGAACCCCUGCUGCAGGGCAAGAAUGAGGUCGAUCAGGUCUCGAAGAUCUUCGCCCUCACUGGCCCGCCAACCACCCAAACAUGGCCCGACUUUCGUUCCCUCCCCAACGCAAAAUCCCUCCGACUACCAUCAUCAUCAUCAUCCUCCUCCUCAUCCCUGGGAGGCGCAAACCCGCCGCUCUUACCGCGCGGCAAGUUCCCCUACCUGACAAAUGAAGGGCUGCGACUGUUGUCCUCGCUCCUGGCCCUAAACCCCAGUUCGCGCCCGACGGCGAAGCAGUGUCUGGCACAUCCAUACUUUCGGGAAGACCCACGUCCCAAGCCCAAGGAGAUGUUCCCUACGUUCCCGUCUAAGGCGGGCCAGGAAAAACGGCGGCGGCGGGAGACACCUGAGGCGCCCAAACGUGGGCAAGAGGCCCCCAAGUUGGAUUUCGCGAGUGUGUUUGGCGGUGCGCAGGCGGGUGGGGACAGUGCGGAAGCUGGGGCUGGGUUUACCUUGCGUCUGGGGUAGAGCACGUCCCAGCAUGGAGGAUGUAAUCUUACGAUCGGGCUAUAUAUAGGCUUACACCUUGUGGAUGUGACACGUUGGUGAAACGCUUACAUUUUUCAGUACUCUUAUCCGGGAUGGCUUCUGAGAAGGCAAACCCGGAACACAAGAACCAGCUCUAAGGAACAAGGUUGUGGGACAAAUGCAAGGGAACGAAAAUGAAAGGUCUUUGAAGGGCUUGCUCGCUAGCUGUCGAGGCAGUACGAGCCUCAAGGAAGGGUCAGUAAGGGAUGUAUGUAAAGAUAUAGUCAGCCGUCUCGUCCACCAAUCUAAUGUG